CACAUGACCUGAGGAUCCAUCGAUUGUACUAUAGUUAGUUAGCUUGCCAGGGACUAGCCUGAAAGAUGUUCAAUUCGUCUCUCUUCGUGGCCUUGCCGAUCAUCACCAUCUUCUGGGUGGCGGUGUUUAUCGCCGGCUUCAUCGUCCCUUUCCUCAUACCCAAAAACCCCAACAGAUGGACCAUUGGCACAAUGAUCGCUACUACUGCCAUCUGUUGCUACGUAUUUUGGUUGAUUGCGUUCCUGGCCCAGCUGAACCCUCUUAUAGGACCCGAGGUGCCCAAUGCCGUAGCAGCUCACAUGAGGAGGGCCUGGCUGGGCUGGAAGCAGGCAAAAACAUACGACACAUGUUAUCCUUCUUGGUGAUCAAUCAUUCAUAGGACGCAGCUUCACUGUGUGUGUAGUUCAAAUCGAUGGUGUCUUUGACUGUUGAUUAUAGUGUGUAUGUAACAUUUUGUGUCAACACUUGCAUAAUAAUAUACAGAGAUUUA